AUGCUGUGGCUCUGGGAUCACCAUUGGCCGGAAUUGAUUCACCCAUUCGCAUCAGCGAUUGAUACGGAACUGCCCGUGCCAGAGGAGAUGGUGUGUAUACUUGCGGACUCGAAGCCGGAGUGGGUGCGCUGGCCAGAGGGGAAGAAGAGUGUGCAUCAGCAUUAUGGCGAGGACAGUUUGGAGGGGUAUCAUAAGAAGAAGGGUUUGUGGGUGGAUUGA